AGGAAAAUAUUACACAAAAUAUGAUUUAAUUGUAAAAGUAAACUUGUAAAAGCACUAAUGCAGGACUGAAAAGUAAUACUUGCAAAAUGCAAAACUAAAAAAAUCUGAAUGUUAUUUUUAUGUUAUGCUAUCUUGUUACGUGUCUGGCUGAGAUCAGAUGCGGCAGCCAAACGCUACAUUAUGAGUGAUUUCCAUGUACCUGAUAUAUCCACAACUUUGAGCGACGACGCUUGGGGGAAUUUCUCCUUAAGGACCUUUGUGAUGCGAACUUCUCCAUCGGUUUGCGUGGAUAAACACCUCCACGACGGCCCAAGGACUAACGUCUAUGGGCACAGAGGAGAAAUUAGACAACUGCUAUCAGUUAGCAUUCGUCAGGUUGUAUACUGCGUUUAAAACACCCAAGCUUCUUCCGAUUUACCUGAUUCCUGAACAGAAACCGAAGUGAAGAUAUGACAUUGCCGGCGCCCUUACCAGCCAACAUCAUCGACGUGUUAUGUACGCAUUCAUAAGACUAGAACGAAAUGUUUAUGUAUACUGCUAACUUCUUACACAACGUCGUCCCUUGAAUAUGACGUCAACAUCCGGGUACUUAUUUUUUUUUAAACGACUGCGAGCACUGUAAACGUAAACAACUCUGACUUGGUUUGAUGAAUCAAAAAUUACUAAAGAAGUUUUAGCUGUUCUUUGUUACUUUUUUAAAUACAUAAUUUAUACAUUCGUAAAACUUCAAUGGGUCAAACAAAUUUGACUUGUCUGACAUAUGGGAUUUUACGAACUGCAAUGCAUUCAUCUAACCAAGACAACUUAAAUAGCUCUUUUUUAAAUUAUUCAAACCAUUACCUUCCAAAUUAUAAUAUUUGUAGUAAUUGCAAUGUUUGUAUUUACGUUUUCACUUUUAAUAACAUGAGAAGAAAAGAUCAACAUGCAUUGUAUAUUUGAUGUAUUACAUUUCUAUUAUUUGUUUAUGUUGUUGAGCACUGCAGUUUGUUGUCCAAUUGUUGUUGUUUACUUACAAAAUAUUGCCAUGAAAAUCUUCUGAGCUUGACACGAUUAAAAUACUUUAAUCAUAUUAUUCAUUAAAGUCAAGUCAAAUUUAAUUUUACCAUUAAACCCUAUCAGGCUCAACAACAAAAGACAGAUGAAUGACCUGUGUGCCUCGAAUGUGUCAUAGUAGGUGAAACAGCCCAAGACUGACAAGCGUAUCUCUCUCUGCAGGUUGUUGGAUCCAUUAGUGACUGUUGACAGUUGGCUUUUGUCUCCUUUCAGGGCAGCCCUCGGCUUUUGUUUGUUCACAAGAGUUAUAUGCACAAUACAAAGCUAGGCAGCCAUCAAGUAAACUAUCCUUAAGUCAGACAUGACCCUAAAGAGCUGGCCUUUUGUACCAGCCACUGACGUCAUUCUCCUUUAAAGUCAUGUUGUUACCACAUUGAGUGCAGGCAGUGUGGAGGUGUACAGCGACAGUGAUGGACCACCUCGUCUUGACUUUGACAUUUCUCCUCCUCAGCUCUUCUUGUUUUGCUGAGGAGGAACCAGAUGCUCUGUCCUGCCCAAAUCGCCAGGAACAUUUUGACGGCUCCUGCUAUGAGUUUGUGGGUCUGCAGCGUUCCUUCCUUAGUGCCCAGAAAUGGUGCGAAAGGGGAGGAGGACACAUAGCUUUCAUCCUGAACGACGAGACGCAGCAGUUCCUUCAGAAACACCUAGAUUCAGAGAAGGACUGGUGGCUAGGAUUGGCACCUGCUGCACCAAACCUCACUCUGGACACCACAGACGUUUCUCUGGCAUGGCUGGAUGGCUCAGAUGUCAGCUACGAUAACUGGGCAAAAGCACCCGAUGCACAAGCAAGAUGUGGACAUAUCCUGAAACAGUCAAGCUUCCAGUGGGAAGCCUCAGAGAACUGUAGCCAAGAACUCAACUUCAUCUGCCAAUUUGAUACUGGGAAAUCUAUUGCCUGUGGUGGCCAAAAUGUCACAUUGCAGUGUGGCUCUGGUCAAGUCAUAGAAAUUGACGACAGCUUCUACGGUCGAAAAACAAUUCACUACUGUCGGCCCAAACCCACUACCCCAGCCUUAACUUCUCAGGAGGAGUGCAGCUGGAUCGAUGUUGUGGACUCAGUGACAGGGCCCAAACCCACUACCCCAGCCUUAACUUCUCAGGAGGAGUGCAGCUGGAUCGAUGUUGUGGACUCAGUGACAGCCAGUUGCCAUGGUCUACAGGCAUGCCAAGCACCAUCAGAUGUGAAGUCUUACGGUGAACCCUGUCCUCUGUUGGGAAGUUACUUGUCCGUGGAAUACCACUGCAAAGAUGGACUCCAUCUGCGCAUAAGUAAAAUGGCGGCAGUGUUUGAUAAUGUCACAAUUACUGUCAAGUGGCUGCUCCAUCCUUAUGAGGGAAACCUUACAUGUGCUCUGAAUACUGGAGAUGGCCACACUAUUGAUCCCUAUGGCCCGGAAGAGACGGAGAGCACAGUAAUGCACAAGUUCAAAACACCUGGACGUUUUGUGGUCACAGUGGAGUGUUCCACCAGUGACUGGCACGUGACAGCUCAAAAAGCCAUCACCAUUCAAGAACCUGUGGGUCAGUUUGGUGACAUCAAGUGCUACUGCACCAACACGUCAGAAGAUGGCAGUAACUGCACCCUGUUGUAUGGUGGUGGGCCUGUUGCAGUUCAGGUCACAGUGGGGGCAGGUACAAAUGUAACUUACAUACUUCAGUAUAAGGACCUUUUACUUGCAAACUCAUCGGUCGACCAAGGGAUCACACCCCACAACAUUACACUGACUGCAAGUACAGUGGAGCAAGUGGGCCUUGGCUGUAAGAACCUGACUUUAACCGCCUCCAACAAGGUCACAACGCAGACGGUUUCUACUGAAUUUCAGCUGUGUCUGCUUGAGCCGAUCGAAGGGCUGCAGGCCUCGGUGAUAGCAGAGCAUGGCCAGUGUCCCGACUCUAGUGACCUCAAUAUUAGUGUCUCGCUAGUGCGGGGAGCUCCUGUGAGGCUUCUGUUCACACUGACUGCAGACAAUGUCAGUCACACUGAUACCAGAGAGAUGCUCAAUGGAAGCCUACAAACCUAUACCUUCGGCAGUCCAGUGGAAGGAUUAUUUAAAUUGAACGUGCAAGCCGCAAAUGCCUUCUCAGCCUCUGAUUUUAAUGUGAGCCUGGAGAGCAUAUUCCUGGCUUGUGGGAACUACUCUGACUUUGGAAACACGAGUGUUGAUGACUCUUACAACUUCAAAGUCAACGCCACUCCUGCCUUUGUGCUUGACUACACUAACAAUGUCACGCUCACGGUUCAUGGAAAUGCGUCACUGCCCAUCAAAGGACUCCAAUAUAUGUGGAAAUGUACAGGGGAUUGCAAAUGCAGCAACCAAACACAUGAUGAAACUCAUGUGAUUGACAAACAAUGCCUUCCGAAUCCAUUUGAGAUGGCUGUGUAUACUGUGACUGUGAAAAAAACGGCCUGGUUUAGGAAAUGGGUCCAAGUGGCCUCUGCUUCAAGGUGCCUCUCUGUUGUUCCAGAGGAAUUCAAAAAUGUCACCAUCAGUUGUGAUGAUUGCACUUCAAUUAAUGUGAGCCAUGGGGUUAAGCUGAGACUGAAUUGUCAGACGACAUGCCCGGAUGUUGACUGGUACCUUGAGGAUCCAAAGCCACUGCAGGAUAAACGUGAAACCUGCUACUCACAUGAAGGAAGAAGGCCACUGGUGAAGAAUCAGGAAGGGAACAAGGAAUUUUUUGUCAACAGCCAACAGCUGACAUAUUCAAGGGACAAUUUGCUUAACAUCACUGUCAUUGCUAAAGGAAAAUCGGAGUUAGGUUAUGCCAGGUACUCACUGCCCAUACCAGAUCCAGAGCCAGCAACUGAAGCCCCUGCGGACCCUGUACCCCCAACAUGCAACAUCUCUCCACCAUCAGGCACUGUCCUUGAUGCGUUUGAUAUCACCUGCCAGUCAGGUUCCUUCUGUUCAUCAGGUUGUGUUUAUUGCUUCAAGACAGACACGGGCAAACAUCUGCGAUGCAGUAAUAGUGAAGUUGUGAAAUCUCUCUUAUUGCCCAUUGGGGACGAGAACAAUAAUUAUAAUCUGUCCCUUGUGGUGACUGUGAAAAAUGAAAACAAGGAAGUUACCACGACUGUCUACGUUCAGGUAACGAAAAGCAACUCCAGUGUUUCAGUGGAUGCACUUCAGUCGGUGCUAGAUGAUACAGUCUCCCACUUGGAGGAGCAGGGUCUUCUCUCUGGUGAGGCCCUUGGACAAAUAGUCAGCUCAGUUGCUGACGUCCUCAACACAGAGACUGAUGAGGAUCAGAAGGAUGCAAGGAAGAAGCUUAGAGAGCAAAUGCUGACCAAAAUGACCACGGUGCUGCUGGAUUCCCCCACCAACACCAGUCAGGAGGUGCAAGUCACAGCCAGGGCUGUGGUUGGACUCACGCAGCGUUCAGACGAACUCAGUACCUCUGCCCAGGAAGAAGCAAGUUCAUUGUUGGUUGACCUCAGCUCCUCCCUUAACACUAUCAGUGUUCAUCAGGAGGGUGAUGACGAUGGAGAAGUUGUGGAAGGAGCUGCACCAAUAGUUGAAGCGGCCAGUAAUAUUCUGAAUGCUUCAUCAAAUGAAAAGGUUUCCAAUUUUCUUCUUACUGGGAUAAACAAUGUCCAGAAUGCCUUGUUGAAUCAUAAGACGUUGAAUGGAGAUCCCAUCAUCAUUGACUCUAAUCAGAUCAGUGUGUAUGUCAAUAGAGUAUCCCCAGAAACCAUGCAGUCGCAAGAUAUAAACAUCCAGAGGAGCAGUGCUUCUAGAUUUUCUUUCCCUUCUCUACCAGCUGAUGUCGUCUCCCCAGAUGAACCAGUGGAUGUUAGAAUGAUGAGUUUUGAAAAGAACCCAUAUUCGUGGAAAGGGGGAAACAUUUCAGGAACCGUGGGAUCCGUCUCUCUCACAAGAAUGAACGGCACUGUCAUCCCUGUUAAGAAUUUGCCUGAGGAGAUUGAGAUUCUCCUUCCCAGGCCGGAUGUUGGGCAAGAGAACAGUACAGUUUUGGACCUGGCCAACUUUAGCACGUUACUAAUUGACGUUCCUUCCUCUGAUGUGACGCUGGUGCUGAAAACGGAGCCCUCUGAAGACAUCUCCUUUGUGUUACUCCUUGGGUACAAAAAAUAUCCAACUAGUGAGGACUAUGUAGCGAAAACUGAGAUGCCACUUGAGAAUGCAAAAGAAGAGGAAAAAUAUACCUGGGUUCUCAGUCCUAAAGACAGGACAGGUGAUGUUGGGAUGCACUUCCUUGUCAUGAAGCCAAAAGUAGAGCCAGGCGUCAAAUCUGUCAACACCACUGUCAGUAUUAUAACCAUCGCAGCCCAGUGCAAGUACUGGGAUGAAAUAGAGUCUUCUUGGAGUGAAGAUGGCUGCAGAGUUGGCCCACUCACCACGCCCUUGGUCACACAGUGUCUGUGUAACCAUUUAACUUUCUUUGGCAGCUCUUUCUUUGUCAUGCCAAACCUAGUGGACGUGUCACGCACUGCAGAGCUUUUCGCCACAUUUUCUAACAAUCCAGUGGUGGUGUGUUUUGUCGGGGCCAUCUUCUUUGCCUAUCUACUGGUUAUUGUAUGGGCUCGCAGAAAAGACAUCCAGGACACAGCUAAGGUCAAGAUUACAGUGCUUGACGAUAAUGACCCAUUGGCAGAGUACUGCUACAUGCUGACAGUCAGCACAGGGCAUCGCCACGGUGCAGCCACCUCCUCACAGGUGACACUAACCUUGCUGGGAACGGAAGGAGAAAGCGAGCCCCACCAUCUGACUGAUCUUGCGAAACCUCUGUUUGAGAGGGGCGCAGAGGACAUAUUUCUCUUGACCACUCACUUUUCUCUUGGGGAGCUGCAGGGCAUUAGGCUGUGGCAUGAUAACUCCGGCUCACACCCUGCAUGGUAUGUCAACAAAGUAACAGUGCAAGACCUGGAUAGUGGCCAGAAGUGGCACUUUCUGUGUAACUCCUGGCUUGCUGUUGAUGUGGGAGAGUGCACCCUUGACAAGGUCUUCCCAGUGGCCACAGAAGAGGAUCUGAAGAGAUUUAGCAAUCUGUUUUUCAUGAAGACAGCUAAGGAUUUCCGUGAUGGACACCUCUGGUUCUCUGUAAUAAAUCGACCUCCGUGUAGCACUUUUACUCGUGUGCAGCGAGUGUCCUGCUGCUUUUCCUUGCUGCUGUGCACCAUGCUGACCAGUAUCAUGUUUUGGGGAAUUCCUACCGAUCCCUCCGAGCAGACCAUGGACCUCGGUCACAUUGAGUUCACCUGGCAGCAAGUUAUGAUUGGCAUUCAAAGUUCCAUCAUCAUGUUUCCCAUUAAUCUCCUCAUUGUGAGCAUCUUCAGAAACACUCGUCCUCGGGAAAAGGUUGCCAAAUCAGACAAGUCAAAGCAGGGGAAGACAGUUCGAGUGUCCCCAUCACAGGCCUCGUCCCCUCAGAAAGAACAGAAGGACAUCACACCAGAUACUGUGAUGAAGGACAUAAAGAGAAUUGCUCAGUCGCUGUCAAAGGCCAUGAAGAGUCCUCUGCCUCAUAUGGAACUUCGACCAGGCCAACAGACUGAUAUCAACACCUUGCUGUCUCUGGUGGAAGACAUCAUCAAGCAUCAAAAUCGACCCUCCUCUGACUUCUACACUGAUACUGCCAAAAGGGAACGCUCCAUCCUCAGUUUAGGUGCAGUGGACCUUCAAGAAAAGAGUGUAUGGGGCAGUCCGGAGAAGACCUCAGAUUCAGGGGUUCAGAAGAAGAGCAACAACAGCAGGUAUCUGUACAGGCAACUGCGUCAUGUUGAGAAGAAGCUAGGUUUCCUUGGAUCUUCUCGAUUCCCAAACCCAGACAGCUACAACAAAGCCAUGCAGCAAGUUCAGGGGAUGAAGAGCUUUCUUGAGUUCCACCUCCCAUCACCCUGCUUGGAUGGAGAACAGUCUGAUCGCAGCCCCAGUCCAGAGGAGAUAGGAGAGAACGGGGCUGGUGCUAAAAAAUGCUGUGCAGGAGGGUUGCCGUGGUGGUUUGUUUUUGUAGGAUGGAUAUUGGUCAUCGCAACCAGUGGUGUGUCAGGGUACUUCACAAUGAUGUAUGGGCUGACUUAUGGGAAAGAUCGCUCUAUCAGCUGGCUGAUCUCCAUGUCGGUGUCCUUUUUUGAGAGCUUGUUCAUCACACAACCUCUUAAGGUUCUUGGCUUUGCUGCUUUUUUCGCUCUCGUUCUAAAGAAGGUUGACCAGGAAGAAUAUGGAGACCCUCAGAUUGACGAGAGCCUCAAAAAUCCUGAUGAUCCCGAUGCAGUGAGAACAGCACGAAGAGACAGCACAUGCAGUUUCUACCAACCGCCGCCUCCAACUGACAUCGAGAAGAUGAGGAACAACAUGAUUAAAGAGCAGAAAGUCUUUGCCCUCAUUCGGGAGAUUCUUGCCUACAUGGGGUUUAUGUGGAUGUUGCUCCUGGUGGCAUAUGGCCAAAGGGAUCCCAAUGCUUACUUCCUGACCCAGCACAUUCGCCAGAGCUUCAGCAAAGGCAUUGCCGACACGAUGAGUAUUCAAGAUGUGUUCAACUGGGCAAACACAACCCUGCUGAGCAGCUUGUUUGGAGAUCACCCAGGCUUCAUCACAGAUGGAAACUCAAAGCUGGUGGGUAAUGCCCGUCUUCGCCAAGUGAGGGUACAGAAAAAUUCUUGUCAUGUAGCUCGCGGCAUGCAACAUGCAGUGCCAAAGUGCCAUGCCCUGUACUCAUGGGAGAUGGAAGACAUGGGAUCCUACGGUCCAGGUUGGAACUACUCUGACUCUGAUAAUACAACAGUGAACCUCCAUAGCCCCUGGAAGUACCAAUCCCAGGGUAAACUGAGGGCAUAUCCCAUCUGGGGAAGCAUGACGCUCUACAGAGGAGGCGGCUUUAUGGUGGAGCUGGGACCAGAUUUACAUAACUCCAGCAGAUGCCUUCAAUAUCUUUAUGAAAAACGUUGGUUUGAUGCGUACACUCAAGCCAUCUUUGUUGAGUUCACUGUGUACAACGCCAAUGUCAACCUCUUCUGCAUCGUCACACUCAUGCUGGAAACCACAGCCAUAGGGGCUUUCCAGUUCCGUAGUGAGCUUCAAAAUGUUCGUCUCUACCAAUCAACUGGUGGACUCCACAUUUUUGUCAUGGCCUCUGAAGCCAUCUACUUCCUCUUCAUCCUAUAUUACAUGUUUGUUCAGGCAAAGCUAAUGAAGCAGCAGAGAUGGACCUAUUUCAAGAGCAAAUGGAACCUGCUUGAGCUGGCGAUCAUCAUUCUCAGCUGGAGCGCACUGUGUGUCUUUAUCAAAAGGACUCUGCUGGGGAAGCGUGACAUGGAGUACUACCAGAGCCACAAAGACCAAUACGCCAGUUUUCAUGAGACAGCCAAGGCUGAUGCAGUGCUGGGCUAUCUGAUUGCCUUCCUGGUGCUCCUGGCUACAGUCAAACUGUGGCACCUGCUGAGACUCAACCCUAAGCUGCACAUGAUCACAGCGACGCUCCAGCGAGCCUGGACGGAUAUCUCCGGCUUCCUGGUGGUCAUGACCAUCAUGUUUCUGGCCUACUCAAUUGCUUCUAAUCUCAUGUAUGGUUGGAAGCUGUACUCUUAUCGCACCCUAUUUGAUGCGGCUCAGACCAUGGUCAGCCUGCAGCUGGGCAUUUUUAACUAUGAUGAGGUUCUGAAUUACAACCCAGUCCUAGGUGCCUUCCUCAUCGGCUCCUGUAUUGUGUUUAUGACAUUUGUGGUGCUCAACCUCUUCAUCUCUGUCAUCCUUGUGGCCUUCAGUCAAGAGCAGAUACAUCACAAACCAUCAGAGGAGGAGGAGAUAGUGGACCUGAUGUUGAUGAAAGUCUGCAGUUUAUUUGGAAUCAAAUGUAAGAAGCGUGGUGGUGACAUCCUGACCAACAAGACUGGAAUUUCAUCCACUUCAAAUAAUGGAAUCUCAACAAUCUCUCCAGAGCGUGUAGACAAGGAUUUGUAUGUUCCGCUUUAGUCAAGAUUAUUGUAAUAAUUAUUACAAUUAUUGUUGCUUGCUUGCUUCAUUCUUUCACUUUGCUGUAGAUUGCAUGAAGGCCUGUAUACUGUAAGUACAUGUGCAUUGUUAACCAACUGUUCUGUUUUCAGAAAUGUCUAUAUUGUAAAACAAGUUGAAUCACUUAAUGUAUGUGUUAAAAUGCAUUAUUAAUAUGCAUUGUUUUAAUGUAAAACAAUAACCAUACCACAUUCAUGCAAAUAAUUAUUCAUAAUUGUAACUAUGCAUGUAUACAUUUAGCUAGUAUUAGUUAGUAUUCUGUACAAAGUUUAUGGUGGAGGUCUUUUGUGUCGACAAAAUCAAGUAUUUUCUUUGAAAAGUGUUUGUGACAUGGCAGUGGAGAUCAUCCAUGCACACCCAGUGGAUGGAUGAUGAUGAGGACAGUGGAGACAUGCACCAGUCCACAUGAUGUCCUAGUGACAGACACAAGACAUCUUUGUUGAUGGAACACAUAAGGCAACACCAUGCACACUUAAAGAUAUAUUUAGAUAUAAGAUAUAUAUAGUCGCUGUAUUUUAAUGUAUGUCUAUGAUGAUGCUACACCUGUUUUCAAUAACUGUAUAUCACACUGUAAAUAUGACUUUGAUGAACUUCAUAUUUAAUUCUGCCUUAACAAUCAUUUACUGCAUUGAAAUACAGUAAUCAUUUGUAAGGCAGAAUAUCCUCCCUUUUCCUCAAUCUUUCCAAUACAGUACAUAUAAUACAGUACAUAUAAACCAGUCAUUUAAGCACAAUAUUUAUUCAUUUACAUUCGUACAUAGUUUUUAUAGUUGCUUUACUGUAUGUAUUUAUGAGCUCAUACAUUUCCUCCAUGGCUGCUCUCAAGACAGAAGCAAGACAAAUGUAUACACAAGAUCACAUGAACACAAAAGUUGGUUUUGCACCCUAAAGUUUAUCUUUUUUAAUGUUGGCCAUGCCCGCAACCCUAGUGAGGAUAAGCGGCAUAGAAAAUGGAUGGACAGAUGGAUGAAAUAAUCUAUAUUAUGUUACACGUUAUUUAUUAUUUUCUUUCUGUAUUAGAAAAUCAAACUAUUAAA